AUUAUGUGCAAUGUACUGUAAAAUAAAAAAUCUAAAGAAGCUUCUGUAAAUAAAGUCUCAAAGCGCUUCUCAUUGCUUCUGCUCAUCCGCUUGUCUUUUGAAUUCUACUUGCCUGUAUUAUCGCAGUUGAAUGUCUGCUCAUCGGUGUCUACAGUCAGGGUCAUUAUUUAAUUAAUAAAGAUUUUUGUCCACUGCAAAUCAAAAUUCCUUAAUGUCCUGGUGCAUUCCAUCUUAAUAUCUUUGUUGAAAGAAUGAUAAAACAAUUUCAAUCUGGUUUCAUGUGUUGUGUGAAAAAUUGUGGAGAUCUCAGAGGAUAUACUAUGAUCUUCUUUAUUCUUCAACACCAUACUCAGCUUCAGUCAAUUAUAAAACGUUAAAUGCUCAUGCAAUUUUCUUCUUACUCCAGCCAAGCACUUAUGUAUUCCCUGGUGGGUUGAUAGAAAAACAUGCUGACUUUUCAAAUGACUGGAUGGAACUGUUUAAGCAAUCAUUUGUCAAGUUUGGUACAGACUUUACUACUCUUGUUAAUAUACAAGGACCUCGUCCUCCUGUGCUAAAGAAGUCAACCACAGACAUUCCAAGUGAAGUUGCCUUUAGAAUAUGUGCAAUCAGAGAGACAUUCGAGGAGUCUGGCAUCUUGUUACUGAAGAACCUCUCAAGCAAACAUCAGAGUCGCCUGAGUUUUGAUGAAGUUCAGAUUUGGAGGAAAAAGGUUUAUGCAGAUGCUUCCAAUUUUUUAAAUAUGUGCAGGUAUUGACAGGAUUUAUAAAAAUAUUAUUAAUGGUCGAGUUGCCCUAUAGUAGUCAUCUUUGGCAAAGUCACAGUAUGCCACCAAGUAUCACCUGAAUUUUAUACUUAGGCACUAUACUUUAUAAUGAUUAUUAACCUUCAAGUCACUUCGUACAUUGUGUCCCUGACUGUGGAGUAUUUCAGUACCGCUCAAAAGUAAGUUGACAGUCUCGACUCGAGAGUCAAAACUUGAAUGAAUGGAGUUUCGAGACACAAGAAGUGAGUCUCCAGAUGCAAGAAUCACGUUUUGAGUUUCGAGAAACUCACGUUUUUUUGAAUAUUCAUCACUUGAAAGGAUUUCGAGAAAACAAUUAUGUAUUUCUUGAGUAAAAUAAAUUAAGCCAUUCACACAUACAGUGAAAAUUUGCACCGAGUGUCCGAGCUUGAAAUUUACAUGUGAUAUGAAGUUUUUUAGGUUAUAAAAAGGGACCAAUGAAAGCCAUGUUAUGAUUCUGUUUGGAUGGUACAGAUCGCAAACAGUUGCAUUAUUGGACAUGACUGUGUCUGCAGCAAUUUCAGAUGUGACAUCAUCUGUCAAGCUUGUCAGAAAAUUAGCAAAAAAGCCCCCACUGUUUACCUGAAUAGCGUAAACUGGGCUGGGAACAAGGCUCUUACAUUGAGUAAAAAAGAAGGGUACCCCAUGGCCGGCCACCAGCUGAAGGGAGACAGGGUAUUCAUAUUCACAUUACAGGAUGGUCCAAAUAGGUCAAAGAACUAUAGGAGGCCAGGAAAAAAUUUCAAAUUUCGUUUUUUAAAUUAAAUUAAGUCUCCAUGAGUUCUCCGUAGCUCAAGUGGAUAGAGCGCCCACCCAAUGUUUGGGAGGUCAUAGGUUCAAAUCCUUUCAGGGACUCAGAUUUUUUCUGUGUCCCAUGCUCGUGACAUGCUGGUCAUUUCAUUUUCACAUAAAGUAGUAAAUUAUGUACAUAAUGCAGGAUGUCAUACACAAAUUCAAAAAUUAAACCUCAAAGACUCCAUCAUUCACUCUGUGAAAGUGAGGGUUAAUGCUUAUGUGCAUAAUUGCAUAAGUGCAACAUUGAAAUGUUAUUAAUAGGCCAUUAAUUUCUGAGUUACCCCAAGCCUCUGUUUCAAAGUGAGGCUAAGUGCUAAGAAAAUGAUUUUUUAUUCUUGUGCAAAUGAAACUCAUUACACAAGAUCAGUUUUGUACUUAGCCUCAUUUUGAAAGUGAGCAUUUUUGGAACUUACAAAUGACCUUUUUCUAAUGUCCCCAUGAUUUAACAGGUGGCUAAGGUGUGUACCUGAUGUGUGGUCUCUCAGUGAAUGGUCUAAUUGGAAAACACCAGCCAGUCUACCUAGGCAAUAUGAUACCAUGUUUUACACCUGCUUCGUUGACAAAGAACCUGCUGUUCAUGUUGAUAAGCAAGAGAUAAUGCAUUCAAUGGUAAUUAUACAUGUAUUGCUUCUUAAGUCCUGUUUUAGUGGCAUUGAUUGGUUUAGAGGCAAAUCCAGUGUUUUUUUCAUCGUGAGGGGGUCUAUUAAAUCUUGAUCUUCAUAUUAGUAUUGAAAUUUUUUACACUUACAACCCAGGUCAAAACUGUUGAGACACUAACACAGUAGCUCAACAAUAUGACACAUUAUAAAAAAAUUACAACUUUUAGUAAAAUCCAACUAGUGGUCUAGAUAUUAUCAAUGGUCCAUUCUGAUUGGUUGAGCUAGUACUAGGCUAUAUGUUACAGACUACUAGUAAGGAAAAGCGAACUUUUUGGUGGCAAAAAAGGAUUUAAGUCUAGCUUUAACUAGCUAAAAUUUUUUUAUUCUCGAUAUUUUUGACCAACUUAGUUGGAUUUUACUAAAACAAUACUCCUCUCACCCUCAUGGGCUAUUGUCUCAGAGCCCAUUCGGGCUCGAGGAAUAAUUGUUAAAUAACCAAAUUUAUCAGUCAUUCCCUGAAUUAAAGGGCUUUAAUUGAGGUAAUUUACCUACUUAUGCACCUACUAUUGGCAUGACAAGGACUGCUGAUGAUGAUGAAUGAUGGUAGUUUACCAAAUAGAAAACUCCUACCACCAAAAGAGAAGUAACUCUUAUUAUGCUAGUUUCAUUUCAGUGGAUGACACCAGCAUCAGCAGUCUCAAAGUGCAUCCAGGGACAAAUCAGUCUUGGAGUACCUCAAAUUUAUGAGAUGUCAAGAUUCUGCCGGUGAGCCUGGAUCAAGUUAUUAACCCUUUAAGUCCCAGUAGUGAUGUCCAACAUCAAUUUUCUCCUAACAAUAUCUAAACAUUGUCAAGAGAAAUGGUCAUGAGAAUUAAUGAAAUGAUCACCUCUGAGAAAAAUGCUUUGAUCUUCAAUCAAAAUCUCUCAACUAAUCCUUAAGGAAAGGUAAGGAACUCAUGCACUCUGGAGAAUUUGAAUGUAGAUAUUGGAGCUAAAAGGGUUAAUGCACAUUUUUUAACUAUUCUUGGCAUUCGUUUCCUUAUUAAAACAUUUGCAUCUAAUUCAUGUGGACAUCAAGUUAUCAUGUUAUAUGUUUGGUAGUUCUGUUUGAAAGCAAUUUUUUUAGCCCCUUCAAAAGCAGCAUCAACAUGAAAGUCAGGCAAUUUUAAUUGCUUAAGAGAUAAGAGUGGGUGAGGAAUGGUGGCUUUCUCAGUUUGUUCAAGAAGUGCUAAACUGCUUCUUUUCAAUUGAACAACUCUAUUUUUCCAGUUUUGAAGUAAGGAGGGGGCAGCUGUACACAGGCUAGAAAUUACCGUAAAUAUUCCAAUUAGUGCCCAGCUUCCCCCACUUUGAGUUAACACCCCACUGACCUUAGGCUAAAAACAUUAGGUAAGUUUUUAGAGGAUAGCAAUACGGAAAGUAAAGUGGAUUGGUUGGAUUACCAGAAUUCAUUUGACUACAGGACCAUGAAAGCUAGGUGAAUGUACCACACACAAAUUUAGGUUUCUGUUAAAAGAUGCAUUCCACUUUUCUUGUUUUAAAUGUUCUAUUUUUCGUCUUGAAUUGAAGGCAAUGUCAUAAUAAUUAUUGAGUUGAAAAGUCAAAAAAUGAAAUCAGCACCCUGUUGAAAAUAACACCCCUUUUAGUUUAACCCUGGGGCUAAUUCAAGCAUUUACAAGACCCAUUGUUACUGAUAAGGGUUGUAUAUUUCUGUAUAGAUUUCCAAAAUGGUCAGAAUUUCAGUCAUUUCAAGAUAGACGUGCAACUCUUGGAUGUGAACAAUGGCUCACUAUUCUCUUACAGUGUACAGAUGGCAUACUGGUAAAACAAAUCUAUAAUUAUGUUUGUUGGAAAUAGUUAUGUUAAUUACCGUAUUUGCUCGAAUAAGCGCCGCCCCUGAUAAAGCUCAACCCUCAAAUAAACACCACAUUUGGGAGAAAAAUGUUAAAAUAAGCACUGUCCCCAAAUAAGUGCCAUGGCCCUGAAAUAAUCAAAAUCAGAAGACCUUAAUUGUGUUAGUUUAUAAUACAGAAGAUAGUAACACUGUAGUUAAUACAAUCCUUUUGUCACGUUCAACAUUCAAAUAAAUGCCGCCCUCAAAUAAGCGCCGCCCUCGAAGGAGUGCCGCAAUUGCUAAGGUGUGAAAAGUUAAAUAAACGCCGCGGCGCUUAUUCGAGUAAAUACGUUAUUGUCAAUUUGGAUGGGCUAAAGCAGACUUUCAGUAACCUUGCCUGUUCUUUGUUUUUAUUUUAACCAUCACAUGUUUACAAAUAAUUCCCUGUUGGAGCCUCGUACAGUGGAAGAUCAUGGGUGCAGCUUUAAGAUUGUCAGCUGUGAAAUUUCAGGAGAUUGUUUCAUCCCACAGCCAGCUAAAGGCAACUGAAUUGUGGAAAGAGUGAAAGUGUAGUGGUAGUGUCUUGCUUGGUGAACAAAAAACGGAUCACCUCCCAUGACACAAACGUUCUGGCGCACAUCAUAGAAUCUGUUCCAUCAUGAAUUUUGAAUGAUUUAUUUACUUUUAAGGAGACCAGAGAGUAUUUUUACGGUUACAACUUUCUUCCGUUUACAUAGUAACUUCCUAACAAACUAAAACUAAAGCACAUUAGUAAAAUCCAACUAGUGGUCUAUUAUCAAUGCUGCGUUCUGAUUGGUUGGGCUAUUUGUUAUAGCCCCCUAGUAGCCAAAAGCGCCGGCUUUUUGGCGGCAAAAAAGGAUUAAAGUCUAGCUUUAACUAGCUAAAAUUUUUUUAUUCUCGAUAUUUUUGACCUACUAGUUGGAUUUUACUAAAACAAUUAUUCCUCGAGCCGGAAUGGACUCUGAGUCAAUAGCCCAUUCGGCCUUCGGCCUCAUGGGCUAUUGACUCAGGGGCCAUGAGGGCGAGAUUUAAUUUUAUUAUUGUUGUUUGUGGUUUUUAGGAGUUGUUUCCUCAUGAUGACCUUUACGCAUCACAGUAUAGGAGAGUUUUAGACGAACUGUCCAAGAGCAGUACUGGACAAACUACAAUGGGUGAUUACCCCGAAACAAUAGCAGAUUGUAACUCCAAAGGAAGAAAUUUCAAUCGAAUGGUUCACCCUUUUUCCAGGAGUCUAAACAACUUAUUAUGUAAUGUCUCACUUCCUCAUGGACAGUGCGUGCCAUUAACGAACCAUUCUAAAAUUCAUGAACUCGCCAAAGAAUUGCGAUCGCUUCUUUAA